CGUCUCGCACGCCCGCAACCAGGGCGCGGUUGCGCUCGUGAGGACCAGGCGGCGGACUGAACCCAGCCACCGCCAGAGCCAGCCCGGCACGCCGCCGCUGCUCCGCGCCCCUGCCUGCCCUGCGCCCGUGGCCCGUGCGCUGCCUCGCCGCGACGGCCACGGCGCAGCCCCUCCCGCUCCGCCGCCACGGCUGGCCGCGCGCGCCGCUGACGCUCACCCCCGCCUCUGCGCCCGCUGCUCCUCCUCUUCCCCAAUUUAUCUAUCCAGAGAGUAGGGGAUUCCACUGUUUGUCUAAGCUAUACUUGCUUCAUUUAAUAUGGAAGUCGAUGAUGAUGUGGAGGACGAUGAUAUGGAUUUCAACCCUUUCCUUAGGGAAGAAUCACCAUCUGAGACCUCUUCAAGCCUCACCUCAGAGGCUGAGUGCGAGGAAACUAGCUUUGAAAAUCAGCCAAGCACUGAAGUGUAUCUUCACAAUAGCCUUGGUAAUGAAAACACAGGUGACUGUGCGCGUCCGCAAAAAAGAUUGUCAUCCAAAGGUGCCUGCAAAGAAAAUGCUCCGGAAAGCACUUCUACACAGUUUUAUUGUGAGCAUGGAGAAGGUCAUUCGAAUGUAUUGGAAAAGGAACCCUUACAGAAUGAAGCUUCCUUCGCUCCAACAGUGCAGAGUUCUCAUCAGCAAGCGACAGGUAGCGAGGAGGAAGAUGCAAUCUGCAGGCGGACACGGGCAAGAUAUUCUUUGGCAAAUUAUGCACUUGAGGAAUUAGAAACCUUUCUCCAGGAAUCAGAUGAUGAAGGUGGCCUGCAGAAUGUUGAUGAGGAAGAGGAAUACCGCAAGUUUCUUGCAGCUGUCCUAUCUGGUGAAGGUGAUGACUCACAGGCUUGCCAGGGAGAUGAAACCCAGGAUGAAGAUGAGAAUGAUGUAGACUUUGAGCUCGAAAUUGAGGAGGCCCUAGAAAGUGAUGGUGAUGAAAAUGCCGAGAACUGUAAAAACAGAAAUGGCAGGAAUGAUAAAGAUGGCCAUAGGCCUCAGACUAGGCUGAAGAGACCGGAGUUGUCUAGAUCAACCAAUUGUCGUCAUGAAUCAACUAAUUCUACCUUACGGCCAAUUUUACCUUAUAUCUCACCUGCGCUCCUGGCUCCUGGGCAUGCUUGUGCACGGCAAUAUCCUUCCCGGAACGUCAAUCUCCCUUCAUCAUUGGUGUCAGUAACUGGUGCUGCUGUAAUGGGUGGAUUUACUGAUCAGCAACUUGGCCAAUUGCACAUGUUGAUAUAUGAACAUGUUCAGCUCAUGAUCCAAAUAUUCUCUCUAUGUGUUCUCGACCCAUCUAAACAGCAUGUGGCUGCUGAUCUUAAAAAAAUGAUAAUUGAGUUGGUUGGCUACCGUGAUCAAGCAUUGGCUAGGAGAAACACUGUCCGUCAACAAUUCUGUUUUGAAUGGCAGCAUCUCCAGUCAGCAUUUAGUCAUACAUCUUCUGAGAGCUUACAAUGCCAAUGGAUUCCAUUAAUUAAGAGUCCUAUUAUGUCCAUCCUUGACGUCUCACCACUUCAUUUGGUCCUCAAUUACUUAAGUGAUGUUGCAGCUGCUGUUGUGAAGUAUAGAAAAAGCCAUUUGGAUGGCACUGCUGAAAAGAACCGCUCGAGGAAAGAACCUCUUUUUCCUACACCGGUACUUAGCACUACCAAAGAUGCUACCAAUGUUUCUCAAGGCAGAUCAAAUAUCGUUUCCACAGCAUCACCAGCUUCACGUGGGCAGUUACAGCCCAAGAAAUCAUUAGCUGCUACCCUUGUUGAGAAUACUAAAAAGGAGUCAGUUGCUCCUGUUCCAUUUGAUAUUGCAAGAUUAGCGCAGAGAUUUUAUCCACUUUUCAAUUUUUCACUAUUUCCUCAUAAGCCACCUCCUGCAGUUAUGGUCAAUAGAGUGCUUUUCACUGAUGCAGAGGACAGAUUAUUAGCUCUAGGGCUUCUGGAAUAUAAUAAUGACUGGGGAGCUAUACAAAAGCGUUUUCUUCCUUGCAAAUCAACACAUCAGAUAUUUGUGAGACAAAAGAACCGCAGCUCAUCCAAAGCUCCUGAUAAUCCAGUUAAGGAUGUGCGCCGUAUGAAGAAUUCUCCCCUGAGUGUUGAGGAAGUGCAGCGUAUCGAAGAGGGACUCAAGAUAUUCAAAAAUGAUUGGACAUCUGUUUGGAUGUUUCUUCUGCCACAUAGAGAUCCUGCACUGCUCCAGCGUCAGUGGAGAGUUGCCACUGGAGUCCAGCGAUCUUACAGUAAAAGUGAAACCUUAAAAGAAAAGCGGAGAUCAUAUGAAGCGAAGAGGAGAAAAUUAAGAGCUUCAGUGCCUGAUUCACAAGAAGUUUGUGGGCAGGAGGCUGAUAAUGAUGCUUCUGAGGGUGUUGAAAAUGAUGAUGAUUCAUAUGUCAAUGAAGCAUUUUUAGCAGAUACAGAUAAUAGGAGCAUGAGCAUGAUGAGGCAGACGGGCAAUAGCCUUGAUGACGAAUGUGGUGCCGCACAUGGCUGCUUUGAACAGGAUAACAGAAAUGGUAGAAAACAUGGUGUGAGCGCCUCAUAUAUACCUUUUAGCUCUUGCGCUUCUGAUGGCCCUUCUUCAUCUAAGAGGGUAUCAGGCGGCACUUUGGAUGAAUUGCAAGGUUCAUUGCGUAAAGAGAAAGGUGGCCAUGUGGUCAAGUUGGCCCCAGAUUUGCCUCCCGUAAACCUCCCACCUUCCGUCCGCGUGAUAUCUCAGAAGGAAUUUCAUCAGAGUGCAGCUCAUUUUAAUGGCACCUCAGAUAACACAGCUAAGGAUCUGUUUCCUGUGCCGCCUCCAACCUUUACAGAAAGUGUUUAUAGACAGCUAAAUCUUUUCCCUGAUCAUAGUACUAGUGAUAGGUUACAGCAACAUGUAGUUAACAACAGAAAUACGGUGGACGAUGGUGCUGAGCAAGAUUUUCCGAUGCAUCCUUUGCUUUUUCAGUUUCCUCAAGAAGUGAAUUUGUCAUAUAGUCAUCCAGUUCAAAAUCUUAUUAGUAAUUCAAGAAAUUAUGAUCUUUUCCCUUUUGAGAAAGUUCAAGUUGAGAAAAGUAAUAGGCAGACUACAGAUGACAUGGAAGAAGGAGCUCCUAGCAAUGCUAAUACUAUAGAUUUCCAUCCUCUACUGCAAAGAACUGAAGCUGAGAUGCAUGAGGAAGUACCAGAAGAGGAUGGCCAUCAGUUUGCUAAUCAGUCUGACUGUCGAAUGCGGAAACCUCCAGUGGAUGACCAGUCAACAGCUAGGCAAGCAUCCACAAGCCCUUGCGAGGGGGAGCACCGUAUUGAUUUGCAAGCAUCCAUAAGCCCUUGUGGGAGGGAGAACAAUAUUGACUUGGACAUUCAUUUAUGUUCCUCGACGGACUUCAUGAGUGCAAAGGACUUUAGAAGUACUAAAUCCAGCAUUCAGCCAGAAGGAUCUAUGAAGGACAGAGCUAGUAUUUCAAUUAUAGAGCCUGGAAAUGUUUGUUCUUAUCAUGACACUGAAGGGCCCAGCGAAGAAGCAAUUCAAGGCAUUGUAAUGGAACAAGAAGAGUUAAGUGAUUCCGAGGAAGAUAGCCAGCAUGUUGAGUUCGAAUGUGAGGAAAUGGAUGAUUCUGAAGAGGAGCAAGCUCAGGGCACAGAACCCUGUUUGACUCAAAAUAAGGGAACUUCAACAUCAGUUGUUUGUUCAGAGUUCCAAGAAAGUAAUGACCAGUGUCAGAUCCAACAAGGAUUAGUACAUGUAGUUAAACAGGGUGUGACUUCACCGGAGAAAUUGCAUGGAUCUUCUAGUGCCAGGUCUGCCAAAGCAAAGUUGAAGCCAGAGCAUGCAAAGCGCACAAGAUCUAGAAAGCACCAACAGGUAUCCACUUCUCGAACAAGUGAACCUAGCUUGGCAAAAACCAGAAGACCUAAAGCGCAGAAGGAAGAGGCGGGUGCUGAAUACAAGUCCAGUGAUUCAAGAAGGUCUAGAAAGAGCCCUGCCCCGAGUUAAAGGUCUUUCUAGCCUUUUGUUUCUUUGCACUGGAUAUAUGUUCUGCUCGCCUUGCUGCAGUCGCCACAUGACAAUGGCUGGAUGGCUCUCUGCAAGUCUGUUUUUACUUGCUCUGAUGUGCUGAUUACUCUCCAGUGAUGCAGCCCGUUUUUGAGAUACACCUGUCAACUAUUUUGUUGGCGCAUAUACCUUCUCAGAUGAUUGAACAGCGCAGCAAGAAGCAGAGGCUAGACCUGUGUAUGUCAACUGUAGUACGUGACAUAUUGCACAUAAAAUCAACUAGCUUUCAUUGGCAGGGGGAAGCAUCCGAUCCCUCGAGUAAAGACCCGGACAGCUAGGGUUGGAUGGUGAGGACUAUUUUUUUAUUGAAUUCGCGAGUAGAUAUCCUGUUCUUGACUUUGAAGGUCGGGUCCAUCAUUGUGUACAUGUAAAAUAUGGGCCAAUGCUGUAUCCUGUAAGUUGAUUAAUGCGUGGUGGCUGUUCAUUGCAGAAAAAUCCUGCUUACCUGUAAAUUCUACAAAUGCCUCUUGGCAACUGCAGCCCGAUGCAACACAAAGUGCAUGCACUUAUUGGUUA